AUUAGCUGAACACAGCUCUGAUGACACAGCAAUAACAACCAUGAUACCAGCCAUCAGCAUCGCUCUUCUCCUGCUCUCUACAACUGUUGUAAAGUCGUGGGGGUCUCUGGAGGACCAAACUGAAGCAGAGGGGGAUUUUUCAUCCCAGUUUAAACAGCAUGUGAGGGAGGGUGCUGACCAUCAUGCAGAGAAGGAAGGAUACUUUGACCAAUAUUGUGAGGCCUGCAAGGACAUCGUCACUAAAGCACAGCAGAAGUUGGCCGGGAAUAAUUCAAAGGAAGAAAUUAAGAAGCAGAUGGAUGCUUCCUGCAGUACACCUUCAAUCCUGAGACAACUAUGCAAGAAAAUCAUCAAACAGUCCAAAGACAAACUGAUUGAUGGUAUAGCCAAAGGCGGGAGUCCCUUGGAUAUAUGUCGUAAACUGAGAUACUGCAAGUGAAAUUCACCUGUCUAUAGAUACUACAUACAAUGUAAUGCAUCUGCCUCACAAUGAAUGUUUCAGCUGUUUGAUUCUGAUUAUAAAAGUCACAUAAAAGUGUACAUGAUGUCUUGUGCUUGCCUUUGCAAUAAAGAAGCUGUGCAGCUAUUUCUCAUCUUC